AACAUUCCCAAGCAUUUGGCAACCACGCGCUCCAGUCGACAAAAUUUUCAAUGUUUCGAAGUUUAUAAAGGUAACGAUAGAAUGAGUGAGCCACAAUUAAAGAAAGUGAAGAUGUCGAGUUCACUGGCUCAAUUAAAGGAGAUGACAACAGUUGUCGCCGACACCGGUGACUUUGAAGCCAUGGAACAAUUCAAACCGACUGAUGCAACUACCAAUCCAUCUUUGAUUCUUGCUGUUGCCAGUCAAAAGAAAUAUGCUCAUUUAAUUGACAAAGCUGUUCAUUAUGGCAAAAAGACAGGAUCCACAUUAGAAGAACAAAUUGAAGCAGCAUUAGAUUUCACAUGUAUCUUAUUUGGUAAAGAGAUACUUAAUAUUAUUCCUGGAAGAGUUUCUACUGAAGUAGAUGCUCGGCUAUCAUUCAACAAAAAUGCUAGCAUUGAAAAAGCAAAAAAAUUGAUUGAUUUAUAUGAAGAGAAUGGAGUAAGCAAGGAACGUGUAUUAAUUAAAUUAGCUUCUACCUGGGAAGGCAUUCAAGCUGCAAAAGAACUUGAGGAAAAGUAUGGCAUUCAUUGCAAUUUAACUCUUCUAUUUUCUUUCACUCAAGCUGUUGCUUGUGCAGAAGCUGGAGUAACUCUUAUUUCACCAUUUGUUGGCAGAAUCCUUGAUUGGUAUGUAGCGAACACAGAUAAGAAAGUAUAUGAAGCUAAAGAAGAUCCAGGAGUAUUGUCAGUUACAAAAAUUUAUAAUUAUUAUAAAAAGUUUGGCUAUAAAACUGUUGUAAUGGGUGCUUCUUUUAGAAAUACAGGUGAAAUUAAGCAAUUGUCUGGUUGUGAUUUUUUAACCAUAAGUCCAAAAUUAUUGGAAGAAUUGGAAAAAAGCAAUGAACCUAUUCGUAAAGUAUUAACAGAGGAUGCUGCUAAGAAAAGCGACCUACAAAAAAUCACUUUAAAUGAGGCCAAAUUUAGAUGGCUUUUAAAUGAGGAUCAGAUGGCAACUGAUAAACUAAGCGAAGGUAUUCGGAAAUUUGCAAUAGAUGUACGCAAACUUGAGAAACUAUUGCAAGAAAAAUUGCAAAUAUAAGCAUUUUCAAAAAUACUUGCUCAUAAGUGUAACAAAUAAUUAUUUUGUAAAAAUGCUUAUUGAAGAUAUACUUUAAAAUGUAUUAUACAUUUCUGUUUAAAAUUCUACUAUUUGUAAAAAGGAUGGUUUAUUAUGUAUACAUAUGUUAUAUUUAUAAAAUGUGUAUAUGUAUAUAUUUAUAUAAAGAAUCAUAUAUAUAUAU